GCGGGCCGGCGGCUUCGCUGAGGCGCCCGCUGCCCAGGCCCGCCCCGCUCUUCUCAGGCCCCCGCGCCCGUCCGGGACUGCAGCGCGGUCCUCGGGGCUCCCCGUCCCCUGCGUCCUGCACGUUCGUCUGUUUGGAGCGGGCGCCCACCUUCCCCCGAUCGACCUGCGUUGUUUUAUCUUUUUCGCCUUUUGCUAAAUUAGACCAUCUUUUGCCUCCGUCGUAGCCAAAUCUUAGCUCCUAGGGGAAUCCAAAAGCUCAGGGCCCUUUAAGCGCGUUUUGUUGUUGUUGUUGUUUUAAUCCUUGCUUUACGUUGAUCUGUAGGAAUUUUGGCUACUUUACCUGUUACCUUGAGUAUAGUCGACCUUUGAACAGCUCAGGAAUUGGAGCACCAAAGCGCCCCCCACUUCAAUAAUCUGUUAUAAAUCAAGAGGAGUUGCAAAUCUGAUGGCAUGGCUUUAAUUACCUUGCGGAGGAACCUCUGUCAUUUACCUGAUUUUCGGAUGCAUGGAGCUCUGGCUGCUCUGAGAAGUCAACCUGUAAAUCAUGUUCACAAGGUAGCCAAGAAGCGUCUGUGUCCACGGUCCUGUCCACUACACCCUGGGCCUUUCAAGGUCAGGUUCCAUCAUGCCCGUCGUAAGGAGUUCCAUUCAGAAAAUGGAAAUGACCUUCGUCCAGUUGGUGAGGCAAUGUUCUCUGAUCGGGACAGUUUUGAACAGAAUCUUGAAAACAUGGACGAACAGGUAUUUUACAGGAGCCUGAGCAACUUCACCUCAUCCGAAGAAGUGCUGAGUUUUCUAAGCACGCUGCAGACUUUGCCUGACGCUCUGGCAGCAGGAGCCUUACAACGGAUUUGUGAAAUGGAAAGAAAAGCAGAAGCUCACAGGCUCCCUAAGGAGAUACUAGAGAAUCGUGUCUUUCAAGCUCUAUGCGUUCAGUUUGAACAGGAACCCUCGAAUCUGUCAAACACUGGUUUGGUGACUGCUUUGCAAGCCCUGACUCUGCUGUACGUGGAUCCCCAGAGUAGCUUGUUACUGAACCUGGUGGCAGAAUGCCAGCGUCGUCUCCAAAGGGGUGGCCUGGAGGUCCACAAUCUUUGCGUCCUUGGGGAAACUCUGAUUAAACUACAGGGUCCAGAGAGCACGACAUUAGACCUGAUUAUAUAUCAACUGCAAGGUGAAAAAUUGGAAAACUUUGCCCCCGAGGAUAUCGUGGCCCUUUAUAGGGUACUGCAGGCGUGCGCUGAGAAAGCAGACCAACACCAGGCGUUUCUCAGCAGGAUAAACAACUUUUCUCUGUCACUAGUUCCCAACCUGAGUCCUAAAUCGAUAAGCCAAGUGCUCACUGCUCUCGUGGCUCUAGAUCAAACGCAGGCACUUCCUCUGGUUCUAAAACUGGGUAAAUACGCUGUGAGGCACAUCCCUCAUUUCACCAGUGAAGAGCUCGGGAGAGUCUUGGACGCUUUCAUAUACUUUGGGCACCAUGACAGAUUUUUUACAACAGCCUUGGAGCAGCGUGUCGCUUCACUGUGUCUCACUCUGGCCCCCGAGGCUGUCAGCAGGGUCAUGGAGUACUGCAGCAGAAAACAGAUUCUUUCCCAACCCAUCCUCAACGCAGUGGCAGAAACUUUUGUUUGCCAAGCAGAAAAAUUUUCGCCUCGUCAGGUUUCUGAGUUGAUCGAACCAUUUGGAAAACUCAAUUAUUUGCCACCAAAUGCCUCUGCUUUAUUUAGAAAGCUAGAAGAUAUCUUAUUUGCUCGUUUUAAUUCUUUUCCUCCGAAAACACUAUUGAAACUUCUCCACUCAUGUUCACUUAUCGAACGCCAUCCAGUCAACUUUAUGGCAAAAAUAUUCAGCCCUUAUUUUCUUCAACAGCUGCAAGGCGAGGAAUCAUGUUUGGACAGACUGAGCCUCGCACAACUGACCCAGCUCCUGCUGACCUCGCUCCUAGAGUGCCCUUUCUAUAAGGGUCCAAAACUUCAUCCUAAAUAUCAAGUGAAAUCGUUUCUGACUCCGUGCUGCUCCCUGGAGACGCCGGUGGAUUUCCAGCUUUAUAAGUCUGUGAUGGUCGGACUGAUGGACCUUCUAGGGGCCAGGCUGUAUUUUGCUUCGAAAGUGUUAACGCCCUAUUGUUACACAAUAGCAGAUGUUGAAAUUAAAUUAGAUGAAGAAGGAUUUGUCUUGCCACUUACAGCUGACGAAGAUGUCCACAGGAGGAUAGCACUGUGUAUUGACGGUCCGAAAAGAUUUUGUUUGAACAGCAGACACUUGCUGGGGAAGGAAGCGACCAAACAGAGACACCUGCGCCUGCUCGGCUAUCAGGUGGUUCAGAUCCCCUAUUAUGAGAUUGAGACGCUAACAAGACUUGAGUUGGUGGAAUAUUUACAAAGAAAACUCUUUUCUCAAAACGCUGGCGUUUGCUGGUAACAAGAAGCGCUACUGGCUUCAGAACUCAUAUCAUGAAGGAACUUGGUUUUCCUGGGACUCGGUAUAAGGAAAAAUGGAAUCGGCGACUCAGCCGUGUGUUUGCCGGCAGCAGUGGUCCGGACAGCUCCUGGACGUCUCCGCACGCACGUACACAGCUGUCGCUGGGGAACGUAGUUGUACUUAUUUACUACUAGUACCACAGAUACUUUUAUACAGUAAACAGAAACGAUCACGUAUCAUCACGUACGUAAUGAGCGUUAUUUUUACAUCUCUCGUCUGGUAACAGUUAUCUAACUGACGAUACGCUUUAGAGACCUUCGCUUCCUCUUCUCACAAACGGAAGGAAGACGUUUUACCUCCCACGUCCUUUUGAAUUUUCUUAGACAAAGUAAUGGGAGGAGGACUGGUGAAAACCAGAGUCCUUUGGGUAUAAACAUUUAUAAUUACAGAAUUAUGCAGAAAUAACCCUUUAAUAAGAAAGUGUUUUGUCUUAGUACGGGAGCUUUUAUAUUUUUUUAAUGAAGAUAUAGGGACAUGGAAAUGCUUAAUUUAGGUAGGGUUUUUGGGCGGUGUUUGGUAGGAGAAGCUUCUGAGUUUUAAAUCGAGUGGAUUACAUUGUCGUUAGCUCACUGCAGACGUGUCAUUAUUCCAUCUGAGCCUGAUGAACGUUCCCGGGAGGGAGGACAAGGAGGCGGCCAGCUUGUUCUGUGGCCCUGGGCAAGGAGACGGGCUGCUCUCUGCCCCUAACCAUGCGGCGCCCAUGCCCAGCACUCGGGCUUCACGCCAUGUGGAUGUUGGAGCCUUCUGACCGGGGUGCUGCCCCCCGUUUACAGACGAGUGGGCCAGCUCAGGGGAGGACUGCCCUACGCAGCCCUUCACACCUCACGGGUGGUGAAUGAGAUUUCAGUGAGAAGCAGGGGACCUCAGUGGCUAAGGCUCUAGCCUAGUUUGAGUUCCAGCUUCGCCACGUGCUAACCGCUUGACCAUGGGCCUGUUUCCUCCGGGAUAAUUAAUAGUAACAGGCUUGUGAGUAGUCUCCUGGGACUGCUGCAACCAAGUACCACAGAGUGGGUGGCUUAAAACAACAGAAAUGUCUUUUCUCACAGUUCUGGGGGCUAGACGUCCAAAAUCGAGGUGUCGGCUGGGCCGUGCGCCCUGUGAAGCCUCUGCAGGGGGCCCCUUCCUGUCCUCUUGCGGCAUCUGUGGCCCCAGGUGUGCCUUGGUUUGUGGCAGCGUCACUCCAGCCUCGGCCUUUCACAUGGCCAUCUUCCCUUUGGGUAUUUGUGUCUUCACAGCAGCCACAUGGGAUUAGAACUCCCUCCCCCCCAACAACUUCAUCUUAACCGUGAUCAACCUGCAAAGACCCUAGGCCCAAAUAAGGUCACUACAGGCACUGGGGGUCAGGACUUAAAUGUCCCUUUUUUUGGAGGGAGGGGCGGUGCAUAAUUCACUAGGCUGAAAUGAGAAUCGGAGUUAAUAAAUGUAAAACGUAGAAAACCGCCUAGUGGAGUAGGCACGCAGUGUGGGUUCGCCGGAGUCGGCUGCUCUGAAUUUCCACCCCAUCCUGCUCUGUACUUCACUUCACCUUUUUAGGUCUGUCUAUCUUCAGAAGAGGAAAUGGAGACGAGGGGGUGAGCUCUAAGGUCAUUCUUUCAAGUUUACGCCUCUAAUCGCAAAGAGGGAAAGCGACAAUGGAAGCAAAUGUUGAUUGACUAGGAGGGGAGCUAUGAUUCUGCUGUAUCCCUGUGCCCAGGUGACCUUGCCGCUCCCUCCCCAGCCUCUAGGCCAGCCCUGGUGCCCAUGACUCAGCUCAUGCUUGGGUAUGAAACAACCCUGAGAUGAGAAGUAAACAGCUUACGGUUUAAAGAAGGGAGAGAGACUUAACUCAACAGCCACACGAGGAGGUAAUGACAGCCAGUUAUAAAUGCCACGAAGGGGAAGCACAGCCUAACGCGUUUCCUCCACCUUUCCACCUGCCCUGCCUCCAUCGUGAUGUCUCCUGGUUGUUCUAACUAGAACCAGACACGGCUCCCUCUGCACUUCUGGCUACAGCCUCCAUUGAGCCUUUGUGCCAUGUGGCUCCCCAACCCGUGUCCUUCAUUCACCAAACAUUCCUUAGAGAGCAUCCAAGAAAUGCCAGAAGGAGCAGACAGGAGCCCUGCCAGGGGGCCGGGAGUCGGCGAAAUAAAUGAAGGAGCAGAUGAAGACUGAGGGGUCGCAUUCCCGAAGCAUGAGCGAGACUCAGAACGCAGAAGACCAGGCCUGCCUGGGAGUAAGGAAGGCUUCUUGUCCUGAUGGAGGGAGGGAGGGAGGGAACAGGUCUAAGCUUGCUGGUUUCACCAGCUGUAGUGAGUCUGACAAGCUCUGUCAAAUUAUAAAGCCAAGUCCUUACAAACUGAUUUCUCAGGUCGCUACAUUUUAAUAUCUACCUAUGUAAGCAAAGCAGUGUUAUUGUGCUUUUUUAAAAUUACAUGUCACCAUGUAUUAUAUUAGUAAUGUUUUUGAAUAAGAUGUAAUAUUUCUGCAGUUUUUCAAAGGAAAAAUUCAGAGAAAGAAAAACUGAUGAAAAAAAUUGCUUUAACCUUCAAACAUUACCCCUUAGGCACAGUGACAUUCUUCGUGUCUGCCACUAGGGGGCAGCAAAGGUUAGGACAUUUUGGGGGGCUUUAGCAGUUAAAAGGAUGAUUCCAGGAGAGGUGGGGCGGGAGAGAGGGAGAGAGAUGGUGUGUGUAUAUGUGUGCGUGUGUGCGUGUCGGGGAGCAAGAGCUGGGGAAGGAUGCAGUGCGUGUGUGCGUGUCGGGAGCAAGAGCUGUGGAAGGUUGCAGUGACAGACACUUCUACCUGAACAAAACAGCACUUGGCCUCGCGGGCCUAGACAGCAGAGGGGUGCUGCUGUGCCGGAUGAAGACGUGCCUUCCGAAUCUCUGCACACCCGGGUGCAUAUGGCGACCCGGUAAACAUCUGUGAGAUGGCGGGAGGAACAGGAAGGAGCAAAAUUCUGCGUAUUUGAUAGAUUUCUGGAAAAACAAAGUCAGUUCCCUCUAUAAAGCGACAUCUGCUGGAAGACUGUGCAAAUGCAGGGAGGGGGUGCUGGCCCUGUGGGGCUGAAGGAGGUGACUUCACCUCCAAAGGCUACUGUGUCCCCAAGACGGAAACAUACCAGACCCACUAGGAGUCUUAACACGGAGAGUAGCGCUGUGAAUGAGGCACCCGUGCCGUGUAAAAUGCCAGCCAGCCCGGGACAGCAGGUGCUCAGGACACCUCGUGGGCUGUUCUGUACACGCAUCGUGUUACCUCCGCAGUUAAGCAUCAUGACCACGCGUGGUGAGGACGCCGGCUGGGAGUGCUCCAGCAGGGGGAGCACGACCCACUGGCUGGUGGCGACUCUGGGGGUACAACACGGACCUGUGGCAACCGCUUUUGUUAAUUAGCAUCAAGGACAUCGUGCUGAGGGACCUCGUUCUCGAAUCCCCUCGGCAAGAACGGGACAUCCCGUUGCCAGAGGGACCUGAGCCACAUUGUCACACAGAGACGUAGCCUGUUUCCAACGCAACGCAGUGCUGCAGCUACGGGGAUUUCGGACACGUCAUCCCACGCCACGCCAUCCCACGCCACGCCAUCCCACGCCACGCCGUCUGGCCUUGGAGAAUCCCAGCCAGGCCCAACUCUGACGCUUUCACACACACCUGCUGCGCCCCGGGGCCGUCCCACCCAGUGUGCUCAUUCACCCCAACCCGCCCUGUCCCCACCUCGGCUUGGCUGUCCCUCGGUCCCUCUGCUGUGCCGCCUUUCUUGACACGACCACCGAAGAGGUUAACAUUUUGCUGGUAUUCUUUGCCCGUUGGGCUUCAUUAUAAGAAAUUUUGCCUUAAUAUACAUAAUCCCAUCUCAGAAAAACAACCGUCUCCCAACCCCUCCCACAGUCCCUGGCAUACAGCGCGCACUAUUUGAGGCUUGAACUGACAUUUUGGGUCCUGAUGUUUGCAAGAAAUGGUAUCUCUUGACAACGCUACUGUAACUUUGAUUAUGGAAAACUUUGAACACACAUAGAGGAGAAACGGUCGUACAAUGAAUCCAAGCGAUCUCUUUGGCAUGAAAAAUUGCUGACACUUUCCAAUCACGCUCCAUCUACCUUUUCUUUUUUAUUGAAAUGUUUGGAGAAACGUCCAAGCUAUCAUAUGCUUUUCUCUUAAAUACUUCAGUAUGCAUCCAAAACCGAUACAUUUUUUCCUGUUUAAUAACUAUUCUGCAUUAUUACAACUAACGAAAUUAAUUAUUCCCUAUGAUCAUUUACUAUUUGGCCUAUGUUCUAAGUUUCCUAUACUGUCUAAAAAGUAAUUUUUUAACUGUUGGUUUGUUUGGGUCAGGAUCCAAACGAAGUGCACAUUUUCCUUCUAGAUGUCAUACACCACCUAAGACCUAGUCUCCUCUGUCUAUAAAUGCACCCCCGCUCCCAGGCUUCCUGUCUUUUACCUACUGGAGAAAUCAUAUCAAUCGCCCUAUAAAAUGUCACACAUUGUCGAUUUGGUGUUAUCCAAACACCAAGCUUGUUCCAUUGUCUGCUGCACUGCCUGUUACACUUUAAAAGAUAGAUCCAGAGGUUUGCUUAGACUCGGCUUAAAUUCUUUUGACAAGGGUGCUUCGGAGGUGCUGUGUAUUUGCUUCACAUCAUACUGUGUCCCAUUGUCCCCUUAGAGGCAUUAAGAUUGAUCAGUGGAUUCUGUAUCACCAGGCGAAUCCAUGAACUCUACAGUCCUCAUCGACCUUUCAGUCGGUGAUUUAGCAUCUGCUGAUUGUUGCUAAGAUCCAUUGUUCUAGGUGUUAAAAAGUGACUCCCUAAUUCCGUCAUCCCUUCUAUUAGCUUGUAUUUGUCUAUAAAGAAAUUUCUCCUUUCAACAAUUUGCGUACCCUCAAAAAAGGCUUAUGCAGGAAGAAACAAGACCAUUGUUCCUGUCUUGCACUAAUUUUUAGAAUAAAGAGUUGGUGCUCUGGUCAGUUUUUCUUUUUUUGUUUUAGGAUAUUUAUGAACUCAUGAAAUUUUAUAUAUUUGAUGUGCUUGCAUCCAUUCGCUGUCUCUUUGAUGCUGAAAUGUCCCAUUUUAGGCUAAUGGGGCAGCCAUCAGGCGGGUCCCUUUGUCUUUUUGGCCUCAUCACAUAAGUUUUUGAAAAUUUCUCAGUGCUCCUUGCUAAAGCUGUCACUACUGGAGAAUUUUUUUCAUUUUGGGCAUCAUCGAAAAUCAUGUUCAUUUUUGUUCCAAUAUCAACAAGGUGAACAACACCAAAAUUAAAUAAAUGUACAUUUAUGUUCUUGA